UUAGAAUUUUGGCGGGUGACCCGGCUGAGGGGAGCGGAGCUGCGCGCGCUGAGAUUCUUCCUUUGGGGACUCUGCUGAAGAAGUCCUGUUGAAAUCAUGGAUGGUGAUGAAGACUUGGAGCUGUUGGCUUCCCUGUUAGAAGAGAAUGAGGUAGCUGGGGAUGAGAAUACUCCUGAAGAGACCACAGCUCACUCAGAUGAGGCUGGAGAACCAGAUGAGUAUGAUGAGCUGUUUGACGCAGAGGAUGAUGCAUCCUACACCGAGGAGGUUGAUGCUGAGGAGAGUGAAGCCAGUGAGCAGAAGGAAAAUGCAUCUGCGUUGUUUGGAGAUGUGGAUGACCUGACAGAAGAAGAGGAAGAAACUGUACAGGAAAUACCCUGUUCUCCAGCUCUCAAUCAGGAGAAGGAGAAAAACAAUCAAGAUUUGCAAGAUGAGCUGAGGAAAUUGCAAGAGCAGAUGAAGAAGUUACAGGAGCAGUUACAAAUGACUGCAAUUGGGCAGCCAUCCAGCUCAGGCCCUCAGAAAAAAACCCUUGGUAAAUCGCCCUGUAUUCCCUUCAAAGAAAGGAAAACUCCGAAACUCCAGGAGUCACCAUGUUUCUCUGCUCAGCUCAACGGCCCUUUAUCAAUAACCAAACAGGGAGCCCAGAAACCAAAACAUUCACCAUCAGAGAAUAAGAGUCCUCCUCCAAGGCCAAUAUCAAGUUCAUCAUUUCAACCACUCAGAUCUACUCCUGGGAACAGGCCCAAAAUGGCCACCAGAGACCGGACUCCUCAAGUGCAAGGGAGUUCCAGUGUGACUGAUCAGCCAGUCUCUGUGGAAACCUUCUCUGGACUCAGAUUAAGAAAACCCCGUGUGUCAUCAGUGGAAAUAGACAGGAAAAUGGCUGGACGGAAGCUGAUCAGACUGUCUCAACUGCAAGGCAAGCUGGCUGGGGGGAAUCUGGAGGAAACAGACUGGGUAACAUUUGGAGUCAUAAUAAAGAAAAUCACCCCUCAGAGCUCAAAUAACGGCAAAACUUUCAGUAUCUGGCGGCUGAACGACCUGCGUGAUCUGAACAGCUGUGUCUCGUUGUUUUUGUUCGGUGAUGUCCACAAAGAACACUGGAAGACAGACCAAGGCAUGGUCAUUGGGCUGCUCAAUGCUAAUCCCAUGAAACCUAAAGAGGGCUCGGAUGAGAUGUGUUUGUCUGUUGAUCACCCCCAAAAGAUAUUACUUUUGGGUGAAGCUCUGGACUUGGGAACCUGCAAAGCUAGGAAGAAGAAUGGUGACCCAUGUACACAGAUUGUUAACCUGAAUGACUGUGAAUAUUGCCAGUACCACGUACAAUCCCAGUACAAGAGGCUCAGCUCGAAGCGGGCAGAUUUGCAGUCUAGCUUCUCCAGUGGCCGUGCUCCAAAAAGGAUAGCUUGCAAAAAUCCCAGCUUGAAGGAGCGGCUCUGUCAGGAUGGGUUUUACUAUGGAGGUGUUUCUUCAGCAGCCUACGCAGCCUCAGUUGCAGCAGCUGCAGCCCCUAAGAAGAAGAUACAAACCACUCUCACGAAUCUGGUCGUAAAAGGAACCGACGCAAUUGUACAGGAAACUAGAGAGAAAAUAGGUAUGGUGAAGAGACCCAUGCCAUGUACUGAUGAAUUCAAAGAAUUGUUGGCAAUGCCAACCUUUGGAGCACGAAACCUCUGCAAACACUUGGCCAAAGCAGAUGCAGCAGAUGCUCGAGGGAAGCAAGGAUCUGCCUUCCAGUCUAUCUCCGCUUCAGCACUGCUCAAACAACAGAAACAGCAAAUGCUGGAGGCCAGAAAAAAGCGAUCAGAAGAUAUACAGAGGCGGUUUCUUCAGAAGACAACAAAAACCAAUAGCCCAGCUUUACCAUCCUCCUCAGGGCUCCGCUCUCCAACCCCAGGGGCUGAAUUUCCCAAAGCUGCAAAAAUGUCAACCCCUCAAGCACCUAGGCUGGGGAUAGGCCUCUCUGAGGGCGAUGACGUCCUCUUCUUUGAUGAUUCUCCACCUCCAGUACCAAAACUGAAUGGUUUAGCAGAAGCUAAAAAGUUGGCUGCUAUAAAGAAACUGCGAGCAAAAGGCCAAAUCCUCAAUAAAACCAACCCAAACAGUGUUAAACGGAAACGAUCUGAUCUUGCCGAAGUUCUGGAGAUCAUGGAGAGAGUUGAGAAAAACAUCCCCUCAUCACAAGCUGCAGAUGAACUAGAACCUGCCCAAAAGAAACGUCGAGAACAGCUGGCAUAUCUGGAGUCUGAAGAGUUCCAGAAAAUCCUGAAUGCCAAGUCCAAGCACAUGGGCGUCCUUAAGGAGGCUGAGGCUGAGCUGCAGGAACGGUACUUUGAACCUCUGGUGAAAAAAGAACAACUGGAAGAGACGAUGAAGAACAUUAAAGAAGUGAAGUGUCGGAUUGUGACGUGUAAAACGUGUAAAUACACGUAUUUCAAGCUCCGAGAGACAUGUGUGAAGGAGAAUCAUGAAUACCACUGGCAUGAUGGUGUCAAGCGAUUCUUCAAGUGUCCCUGUGGAAACAGAGCCCUAUCUUUUGACAGGCUACCAAAAAAGCCCUGCAGUGCCUGUGGCCUCUUCAAAUGGGAACGUGAUGGAAUGCUCAAGGAGAAGAAAGGCCCGAAGAUUGGUGGAGAAACGCUUUUACCAAGAGGGGAAGAGCAACCCAAAUUUCUUACUAGCCUUAAGUAAUCCACCAGUGAUUUUCACAACAUACUCCUCAUUUUUUGUCUCCGAAUGAAUCACUUGUUUAUCAUAAAGCAACUGGGUGCUAGGUUUUGCAACAAACAAGCAGGGCAAUUGAUUUCUUGGGACAAGGUCGUCCCAUAAUCUUUCCUCCAGUAUGUGGAUUGGAAUGUCCAGCUUCGAACUUUUUAAACUGAUUGAAGGAACCUCAUGUGGAUUUCUUGUUCAUGCCCUUCAUUCUUAGGAACGUGGUGUUCACAGUAUUUAAUUUAGGGAAGAGAUAUCUAGUAUCAUGGAAUCUGAACCAAGAAGUGGUUUCCUCUGGAUCCUGAAGUGUGUAUAGAACAGUUCAUUAGAACUACCCCACCGGACGCGUAAGACGUAAACAAUUAUAAUCUUGGAGGGACCUUUGAAACAGUCUGCAAGAACUCGUAGCAUUUCUGUGGUUCAUAUAGUGGUCCAUCAUGGGGAACACAUCCAUCAAGGUGUCUUAAUUCAGCUAUUCCAGCCCUAGGAUGUAUUCCCUCACAUUGUUACAGGGUACAUAAGCAGCAGCAUAUAGCAGGUUGAACUUAUAGAGGUACAUGAUGUGGCAUGACACUUUCCAUUGGUUCCAGAAAUCCACAGGGGAAAUUUCAAGCUGUUUGUGGAAGUUCUUCAUGUGUAAAGUUUUCAAAAGUGCCUGAGUGGCACAGGCAUUUGACUUUUAUCUAAGCCACUCAGGUGCUUUUGAAAGUGGCACCCCACCUUCCAACUGCCCGGUGCAUCUAGGCUGCCCGGGGCCGACUGAUGACGUGUUAUCUUUACAACCGCACACCUAGAACGUGCCACUUAUAAAAUGGUAUUUAAAUUCUUUUAAUGAACCGGCCAAUAUUUUGUCAGUGGCUUUAAUGAGCAGACAAAUAACAGAUUAUUUUAGAUAGCUUUUAACCCUUUCUCUAGCGUUUUAAUUUUUUUUAAUGAUUACAAAUACCACAGUCUUUAGGACCCCCUAGGGCCUGAAUGUGUGAAGUAGCCAUUUGUGGGAUAUUAUCUGCUUCACAUUGAGCUGAGUGAGCUGCCAAAUGCCAGGUCUCCCACAGAGUUUCCCUAGAAAUACUGGCUGUGUUUGGCAAACGUUACCCUAUUUGACAAUCUCCUUAGAAGCAGCCCUGGUUUGUGGCAUCUGGGUCCAUCAGGUUCCUAAAACCAUGAAUAUAUUUGUAGGCGCUCAGACCAAACUCCCAGAGACCAACAUACGGUUUGGUUUACACUUAAAAGUUAUGUCGGUGUAACUACGUUGGUCGGGUCUGAAAAAUCCAUUCCCAGACAAACAGCUGUGUCGCCAAACCCCCUAGUGCUGAUGCAGCUACGUUAAAGGAAGAGCGCUUCUGUCUGUGUAGCUGCUGCUGUUCAGGGCGGUGGUGGUCCUUCAUCAACAGAAAAUCUGUUGAUGUAAAAGCUGCAUCUAUGCUAGGGAGCUGUACUGACAUACCUAUGCCAACAUAGGCUCCGUCAUGUAGACGUAUCCUAACAUGUCCAGUGGACUUCUAGCUCGAAAGCUCUCAUGUUACCCUUUCUUGCACAAGCUAUGCAGAUGAGGAGUAAGUAAUUUGAAUUGUAAAGACGUAUCUGUACACUACGCAACAAUUAGUGUCCCCAGUUGGUGCUGUUGCCUUCCGUCUUGCCCAUCCUAAGAGGUUCAGAAUCAUUGGCUUUAAUCCACUGUGUGGACAGUUGACAAAUGGGUACUGCCAUUUAUUGACUAUUGUAAAUAUUUGGGGUCACUCGGAAUUUUGUAAAUACUUUGCACAAUAAAGAGCUCCAGGGGUUUAAAUGUUAAUUUGUAUUACAAUAAAUGAUAACUCCUGAAGAGCUUUUUUUUCUUUUGAUCAGUUCUUUUAGGCAGGUUGACAGAAACAAGGAGCUAAAGUAGCUUGGUUUGCCCAAGUACACACGUGACUGGUGACCGAGAGGAAUUGUCUCGCAGCCUCUGGCUAGACAACAUUCUCUCUUCUAGACCUGGGCUUAAAAUUUAGGUCUACAUAGCUAUGAGCUCAGGUGUGUGACAAAUCCACACCUCUGAGUGCUGUAACUGUGCCAACCUCGCCCCCGCUGUAGACAUAGCUAUGUCAACAGAAGAAUGCUUCCAUCAACCUAGCCACAGUUGCUCUGGGAUGUGGAGUUCCUACAGCAGUGAUGAGCCCUAUGUAUAGACAUGGCCACAGACUGGUAGGAGUUCACUGCCAGUGCACAAAGUCUAUCACUACAAAAAUUAACACUAGGCCGUGGUCUACAAAUGUAGAUCUGCCUAGCUGUGUUGCUCGGGAGUAUGAAAAAUUCAUAUUCCUGAGCCCUGUAGUUAAUCCAACCUAUCCCCAGGUGUAGAUGUGACUAGUCUUUGCAAGAAUUCUUCUGUUGACAUAACUACUGCCGGUCGGGGAGGUGGAUUACCUACAGUGAUGGCAAAACCCUGUCCAUUGUAGCACCCAAUAGUGUAGACAUGACCAGAUUCAUUAAUAGCUUCCCUCAGUGUACAGCUAGGGAACUGGAAAGAGCUCUGGGCUUUCAUUCUUCAGCCAAGGUAAAGCACUGAAGGAAGAAGAGUUGUCCUUGCAAAAAAUGUUUCUAAUGAAAUUCCAAAACCAGAAAGCUUGUGCACUGGGUUUCUGAUGUUAAAGAGCUCUCUGGCUUGUCUGUAAAUUCCAUCAAUAAGGUAGUGAUGUGUCAUUCCAUAUUCUUUAUGAAAAUAUGCUUAUGAUAUGAAUAUGACAUAACUGAGAUAUACUUUAUACAAGAUGGCUCAUGUGAGAUGUCAUGGGAAAGGUUGUGAUUUACUGAAUGCGAUUAUCGUGUUUGUAUACCUGUAUCAUUUCUGUAUCUGAAAUUAGGAAUAUUGACUAUGUAUCUGUAUUUCAGCUGUGUUACUUUGGGUGAUGCCCACUACUAACAUUUCAGGUACAACAAUGGAAAAGCCAGACAGGGCAGAUGGCCCAUCAGCGAGGACAAUAGACGGUGAAAAGCUUGGCCUUCCUGUGGACUCUCCAUAUUGCCACUGACUCAUGGACUCUGUGAUACUACAGAGUCAGGUGGUCUUGUCACCUGAUACUAAACAUUACCUGGGACAUCUUGUAACUUUCCACUGUAAGGGAAGGGGGGUAAAGUUUGGGAAACAAAGGAUUCCCGUCUUAUGUAAAUCCUAUUUAAGGGUGGGGAGGAAGGCAAUAGGACUCCUCCUCUCCAUGGCCUGUCUGCCCAAGAAGAAAAACUGAAGGCAAGGGGGGAGUCCAGACUGAGACAGGGGUCUAGUUUGAAAAGAAAUAUAACUGGAACUCUGAACCACAGACCUUUGCAAACUGCCUGCAACAAUAUCUAGGGUGAGAAAUACUAUUUGUAACCAAUUUCUUUAGUGAAACUAGCUUAGUUUACAUGUUUGAUUUCAUUUGCUUAGUCAUCUGCUUUGUUCUGUUUGUUACCCCUUUUACCACUUAAAAUCUGCCU